GUCCGCGCUUCAGAUCUCUCUCUCUCUCUCUCUCUCUCGCUGCAUCGGUAUCGCCACGAGCAAGAGAAGAUGGCACCGCCGGCGGCCGCUGGAGGUGGCGGCGGAGGAGGAGGAGCAGGAGGAGAGCAGCAGCAGCAGCAGAGAGCGCAGGGCGGAUUCAGUCUCACCGGAAUCAUCAGGAUAGCCGUCUUCUGGUACUUCGCCUCCAAGUUCUUCUCCCCCAAGAAGCCCUCUGAUCCUUCCAUGCUCAUGUCCAAUCUCUUCCAGAAAGGCGAAUCCCUGGAUAUGUGGGUGUACCUCUCCGAACACGAGAAGUUCAAUGACUUCGGUAGUGAAGGUGCGCUUGUUUGGCAUGAGACCAACAUUCCGUACGCUGAUUGGGGACCGCACAGUACUCGUUCUCUUUCCUUGACCUAUCAUCCUUCCGAGGCUCUGAAGCACAAUGGGAGUCUCUACGCUCAUGUCUUCUUUGCGCGAUCUGGCUACCCUCCUGAUCCGAGUGAUCCCGAGUACCAGCCGCUUUCCGCUUUCGGGAAGACACACCCUGUUGUGACACACUUGCCCAAGUCAAAGGCGGAUAAAAGAAAGCGCUUGUUGGGUGGUCAGGGAGAAUCUGAUGGAGGUGGAAGCGUCUCUGAGGUUGUCGAAGAAGAUAAGGAUGAGGGCCCUGUUGAAUGGAUCCCAUAUUGGAAGCCAAAUGUCACAAUUAAUCUCGUUGAGGACUUCACACGGUAUCCUCACAACGCUGUACCGCCAAAUGUUGCUCCUUACUUGAAUGUUGAACCUAGUACAGGAAGUUAUUAUCCAACUAUCUACUUCAACGAAUUUUGGUUGCUUAGAAAUAAGUUGAUACCCAUUAAUGAGACGGUGGAUGAAGUGCCACUAAAUCUGGAGGUGGGUCCAAUCAGCAUGACGAAGUGGCAAUUAUUUUUACAAAUUGAUCAAUCAUUUCAAGUCCAUCGCAGUUAUGGAAGUAUGCUUGAGGGGGAGUCUGAUGAACUUAAGAGGGUAUUCUUGGAAGGAAAUCCAUAUCUCCUGGGGAUCACAAUGGUUGUUUCAGUACUUCAUUCAGUGUUUGACUUCCUCGCGUUCAAGAAUGAUAUCCAAUUUUGGAACAAAAACAAGUCUAUGGAGGGUCUUUCUGCAAAGUCUGUCGUUGUGAACUUCAUUAGUCAGCUCAUUGUAUUCCUUUAUCUGCUUGACAAUGACACAUCAUGGAUGAUACUGGCAAGUUCUGGAGUUGGUUGCUGCAUAGAGUUCUGGAAGAUUGGGAAGGCAAUGCACAUAGAGAUUGAUAGGAGUGGCAAGAUACCCAUGUUGAAGUUUCGUGAUCGGGAAUCGUAUGCAGGGAACAAAACGAAAGAAUAUGAUGAUCUUGCUAUGAAGUAUCUCUCCUAUGUUCUUUUCUUCCUUGUGGCAUGCUCUUCAGUUUACUCCCUUAUGUAUGAGAGCCACAAGAGCUGGUAUUCAUGGAUUCUCUCUUCACUCACAAGCUGUGUUUACAUGUUUGGGUUCAUCACAAUGUGCCCUCAGUUAUUCAUAAACUAUAAACUGAAGUCAGUGGCACAUCUACCUUGGAGACAGAUGACAUACAAGUUUCUGAACACCAUCAUUGAUGAUCUCUUUGCCUUUGUCAUUAAAAUGCCAACACUUCAUCGGCUCUCUGUCUUCCGCGAUGACAUUAUUUUCCUGAUAUAUGUGUACCAAAGAUGGGUAUACCCUGUUGACAAGACACGCGUCAAUGAAUUUGGAUUCGCCGGUGAAGAUGUUCAAGCAUCCCAGGGUGCAGAGGUGGUUUCCUCGACGGAAGGGGAUAAGAAAACAAACUGAGCCACCAUUGAUCCAUUUGAGACAAGGCCUCUGGCACAGGAUGUGCAGCUAAGAUCGGGAGUGUCUCUCGCUUGCUUCCCAUUUUUCUUUUGUUUACAGUUAUUAACUUUGGCAAAUUUUGGCUUGUUUAGCAUUUGUAGGAUAUAUGUACACACACUUAUUUAAGGAAGGCUUGUAGGCAGGGUAGCAUCCUACAGAAUAGCGGGGCCUAGCGGCAUGCAAGGAGCUCUGAGCUUUUUAAGGAGCUUUGCAGUUCCUUCUUGCACACACCAUGUCCAUGACCGUGAUAUUAAUUGCCUUUUUCUUCUUC